CCGUGGUGUUGCGGCAAUUUCGAAGGGAAUAGUGAGUUUUGAAAAUUUUGACAACGACCUCGAGAAUGGCAGAUAAUCAACAAAGCAGAUUCGAGAAGUCCCUUGGCUUGUUAACGACCCGUUUUGUCACUUUAUUGCAGAAAGCGAAGGAUGGUGUCCUCGACUUGAAAGUAGCUGCCGAUAUUUUGGAAGUACGGCAAAAGAGACGCAUUUAUGACAUUACCAACGUCCUGGAAGGCAUUGGACUUAUAGAAAAGAAAAGCAAAAAUAGUAUCCAGUGGAAAGGAGCAGGUCCAGGCUGUAACACUCAAGAAGUUGGUGAGAAAUUGACUGAUUUGAAAGAUGAAAUUAAGAAACUAGAGGAUCAUGAACAGUUGCUAGAUAUGCAUACUCAAUGGAUUCAACAAAGUAUAAAGAAUAUAGAGAAUGACUUAAUUAAUAGGAAGUUCGCAUACAUCACUUAUGAAGAUGUAAAGGAAAAUUUUCCCGAUGAUUUUGUAUUAGGAAUUCAGGCACCUGAUGAUACAGAAUUAAAUGUACCAAAUAUAUCGCAGACAUCUGAAGACGAGGAAAGGGAAAUAAAUUAUGAAAUGUUUAUUAAAAGUAGUUCAGGUGAAAUUAAAGUAUAUAUGAUUCAACCAGAAUUAGCUAAAACAUAUGAUAAUAAAAUAUUAGAAAUGAGAUUACAAGAAGAAGCAAAAGGUACAAAAAGAGGAAAAGAGGAAGAAGAAAAGAGAGAAGAGACUAAUAUUAAACCAAAGAGAAGAGUAGGAAGGCCACCAAAAGGAGCUAGCAAACCAGACCCUGUUAUAUCUGAUGAAGAUGAAGAAGAAGAUGCAGAGUUAAUAGAAGCAAAAAUCGUGCUUCGUGAUGUUAGCACAUCAAACAUUGCUCAAAAAGAUUUAGAACUAUUUGAUCAAUUUUAUUCAGACAUUUAUGGACCAUUAAUAAGAUUAAGUCCACCACCUAGUGAGAAGGAUUACCACUUCAACCUUAGUGAAAAUGAAGGGAUUUGUGACUUAUUUGAUAUCACGGCUAAAUGA